AUGGACACCAAAGUAGAGGCACACUCCGAUUAUUUUGAGGACCACGUUGAAGAUAACCUCAAGCCCGACCAGGCUGCGCCAUCUAGCAAGGGCCACGUCGAGGGCAACGCUCUCCUAUUCAACAAGGACGGCGAGAUUCGCAAGAUUCCCGUCCCGACUGACGACCCCAACGACCCCCUCAACUUCCGCAAGUGGGAGAAGUACGCCAUCGUCUUCGUCUCGUGCUGGUUUAGCAUCAUGGGCAUCAGCAUGGCCAGCGGUCUCGGAUCCAUUCUAGAGACAUUCUUUGGCAUGUAUGCGCCAUUGGGCGCUACAUCAGACGAAAUUGUCAUGCUUAUUACGGUUCCCACACUUUGCAUCGGUCUCGGCAAUUUCAUCCUCCUUCCCUUCGGACUUGCCUUUGGCCGCCGGCCCGUCUUCCUCGUCGCCAUGGUCGUCUUGCUCGCCGCCACCAUUUGGGGCGGCGCACAAAACUCCCUCGAACAGCACCUGGGUGCUCGCAUCCUGCAGGGUCUGGCCACCGGAGCCUCCGAGUCUCUCCUGCCUCUGAUGCUCACCGAGGUCACAUUCCUGCAUGAGCGUUCUCGAGUCUUUGCCCUCUACUGGACAGUACAGAACGUCGUCAGCUCCUGCCUCAACCUUUCGUCUUCCUAUCUGGUGCACGACCUCGGCUGGCGCUGGUACUACUGGGUCUUUGUCAUCACUGUGGCCGUCGGUCUUGUCAUUGCCUUUUGCUGCGCUUUCGAAACCCAGUUCGACCGGCCCGCCGUCCUUCUCGACGGCCAGAUCGUCGUGACCGACGAGUCUGGCGCCACCCGUGUCAUCCCCGACUCGGAAGCACAGGAGUACCUCGCUGCGCACCCGGGCCUGACUGGCGCUCCCCUCUCGGCCGCACAGACGCACGUCCUUGGCAGCACGGUGAGCACCCGCAAGUCGUACAUUCAGCGCAUCAAGCCGUGGUCCACCCCUCAACCCAACCCCGGCCGUGUCAUCGUCACCACCUGGGUACAGAUGCUCCAGUCUCUUUGCUCCCCAGGUAUCAUCUUCGCGGUGCUCGCCUCCUCGAUCACCCUUGGCGUCAACGUCGGCAUGUCCCUCACCUACAACACCGUGCUCAUGAACAACUUUGGCUGGGCGCCUCAGGACAUCGGCCUGAUCGCAGUGGGCGGCGUGGUCGGCAGCUUGUUGGGCAUGCUGUACAGCGGCCUCGUCGGGCAGAAGCUCGUCAUGUGGCUCGCCAGGCGCAACAAGGGCGUGCACCUUCCCGAGCACGAGCUCCUGACCAACGUCUUCCCCGCCAUCGUGGGCUUCGCGACGCUCCUCCUCUAUGGUUUCACCGCGACCAACGCGUCCGGCACCGGAUCCUGGUGGGGGCCUUACCUGGCAUGGACAUUCUCCCAGUACUCCUUCACCGCCAUCAUCAUCUCGACCACCACGUUUGCGACGCAGACCGCCAUCAAGCACCCCGGCCCUGCGCUCGUGGUCGUCGUCGGCAGCAAGAACAUCAUCAGCUUUGGCGCCACGUAUGGCCUGAACCCCAUGCUCCGUGCGUAUGGGUACGACUGGGCGUUUGGUGUGCUGGCGGGUAUCUAUGGUGCUAUCUUUGUGCUGGGUAUUCCCGUCUACUUCCUGAACCCCAAGUUCCGGGCAUGGCAGACAAGCAAGCACGCCUGA